AUGCAAGUGUUGCAUCUGACGGAAGCAUGGCCCCGUGCCUGCUUUCCACCUCUCUGGGCCGUCCUACACCUCUCGUCAUCAUUACCCACUUCACCUAGCUCAACACAAGCUACACUCUUGAUUGCCCCUGUUGCAUUGACCGCAAGCAAGUAUCGAGUGGCGGGAAGCGUCUACAAGUCACCUCCUUUGCGCAGAAACAGCACGGCAAACAACCUCUCGGAGGACAAGAGCCUUCGCUUAUUUAGCUUCCAAGCCUCCUACGGCCGCUAUACCGUGCCGCGUUGGACUCGCAGCAGUCAAUUGCAACGCUUCAGCAGCUCUUUUCGCCUCGGACGCUUGAACGUCGAACGUCAUACCUUGCAUCGGCGGUGGUGGUCGCUUUCUAUUCGGAUCGACGGAACAGGCACCGUCUCGUCUGCGACGACUUUCAAGAUGGGUCUCACAUUCUCCUCGAUGUUCUCCAAGUUGGCGUUCUGGAACAAGAAUGAGGAGGUGAGGAUACUCAUGCUCGGUCUCGACAGCGCUGGCAAGACGACAAUCUUGUACCGGCUGCAGAUUGGAGAGGUGGUGUCGACAAUUCCGACCAUCGGCUUCAACGUAGAGACAGUCACAUAUAAGAACAUCAAGUUCCAAGUGUGGGAUUUGGGAGGACAGACAUCGAUCCGACCAUACUGGAGAUGCUAUUACGCCAACACAUCAGCAAUCAUCUAUGUGAUCGACUCGUCAGACACAGAACGACUAGGCACGGCAAAAGCGGAGCUGCUCGCCAUGCUCUCAGAAGAAGAGCUCAAGGACUCCAAGCUUCUCGUCUUUGCCAACAAGCAGGACUUGCCAGGGGCGCUAGACGAGGGCCAAUCGACAUCAUCAGCCAUUGCAGCAGCAGCCAUGUCGGGCGCCGAUAUCAGCGCCAAGGCGAACAGCGCUAAAGGCUCCGACGCUGCCUCCAAAAAGAAUCCGGGCGGGGCAGUGUCGAGCGACGGGUUCGAUGUCGGCGAGGCCGAGACAUGGCUGCAGAACCGAUGGAAAGCUGUCCACUCUAGCUCGACCGACAAGAGGAUACCGGAAGCCCUCGCACCUGUCACGCGACGCUACACAGUCUCAGACUCCCGCUCCCUUUUUCAACGAAUGGAGUGUCCUACAAAUGAUGGUCCUGACCUCGAUGAUUGUAGAGCCUUAAACCCCCAAUCUCAAAGCAGCACCAGGCCCGCCUGCUUCACCAACCGCCGCCAUCGCCAAGCCCGUCACCCCACAGGACGCAAUCAUUCGGCCUCGUCGACCGCCGCUAGGGUCGCUUUCCUUGUCUUCGCCGGUCUCGCUCUGCUUUCGGGCUUCUGUGCAUCGCCCGUCCAGGCUCACGUCGUUCCAGCCGCCGUCGACCAGCACCAAGCCAGCGCCGACCGUUCCGCGCCACGUCCAAUCGUUUCCGACACAGCCGACCAUGAUCGAUUCAUAGCCUUGGCCCGCCAGGGCAGCGUGCUCGACACUCUGCCCUUGGUUGCUACCCCUUCCUCUGUCGCUUCGGCGUCCGAUCGCGACAUCCUUGAAUGGAUCCGUCAAGAGACCAGCGUCGCCAGCAAUGGCGAUUCGCUCGCUGCUGAUGCAUUCCUCGAUCAGCUCUAUCAGCGUCUCUCCGUCCAGCAACGCUCCGUGGCGGAGACCGCCAGUUCGAAUGCCGCACCCAGGUCAUCGCGCCGCCGAUUCUGGAAGCGUGCGACUUCGGGCGGCAGCGAGUCGCAAUGUGGCGAGACGAAGCUUUCCGAGGCCCAAAAAGCCGUCUACGGCAUCUUGAUCCCCAUCCUCGUCGUUCUCUCCGGCCUCUUCGCUGGUCUCACUCUCGGAUACAUGUCGCUCGACGAGACUCAGCUGCAGGUGCUUGCUCUGCAGGGAACGCCGAAACAAAAGGCUUACGCCGAGAAGAUCAUGCCAAUCCGCAAGGACGGCCAUCUCUUGCUCACCACGCUGCUGAUCGCUAACAUGAUCACCAACGAGACGCUCCCCAUCAUUGCCGACCCUCUGCUCGGUGGUGGAGUCCAGGCCGUCAUCGUCAGUAUCGUGCUCGUCGUCAUCUUUGCCGAGCUGAUUCCCCAGUCCGUCUGCUCGAGGUACGGUCUCGCCAUCGGUGCCAAGCUCGCUCCGCUCACACGUGUCGUCAUAAUCGUUCUCUGGCCCAUCGCCUUCCCGGUCUCUCGAGUGCUGCACUGGACCCUCGGUCCGCACCACGGCAUCGUCUACAGACGCUCCGAGCUCAAGGAGCUUGUGAACAUGCAUGCCGCUACCGCCGGUCGAGGUGACUUGAACAACGAUACCGUCACCAUCGUCGGUGGUGCGCUCGAUCUGCAGGAAAAGGUGGUCAAGCAGGCCAUGACGCCCAUCGAUCAGGUGUUCAUGAUCUCGAUCGACUCCAAGCUCGGUUACGAGACGCUCCAGCAGAUUGUCAGCUCGGGUCACUCACGUAUCCCGGUCUACCAAGAGAUUGAGAUUCCCGUCAACCGCGCUCGUGGAGGCAGCGGCACGUCGACCCCCAACCGCGGCGGGUUCCUCAGUGCUCUGAGCCGAAAAGCCAGCAACACGCAGACCAAGCCCACGUCCGACGAUCAGCGCACGCUCGAAGGCAGCGUCACAACUGAAAAGGACUUUGUGUCGAUCAGCCCCGAGACGAACGACAAAACCGUGCCCCCCAACGCAGCCGUAAAUGAAAAGUCUGGCACGGCUACCACUACGACUAUGAUCAAACGCAAGAAGAUCAUCGGUGCCCUUCUGGUCAAGCAGUGCGUGCUGCUGGAUCCCGAGGACGAGACGCCCGUGCGCGACAUGGUGAUCAACGCCCUGCCCACCGUCCCCGCCGACGAGCCGCUGCUCAACCUGCUCAACGUAUUCCAGGAGGGUCGCUCGCAUCUUGCCAUCGUUUCUUCGCGCACCCGUCGCUCUUCGCCGGGAUCCUUCGUCGCGCUCGGCAACGAAAGCGACCCUCGUAAAACGCAAGCUCUCGCCCGAUCCGGCACCGCCGCUCGUGUCGAAGACCUGGGCAACAUCGACGAGGAGAAGCAGCUCGAAGACUCGGAGAUCAAAAAGUCCAGCUUCUGGUCACGCCACUUGCGCCGACACCACCGCCACGCCAACAAAGUCGACUCACACGACUUGCCUCCCGAGGCGAUGGGAGACGAUGUCGAUGCCAGCGCUGUCGCGACCGAGAUGGCGCAGCGGGACGUGCCCAUCGGCAUCAUCACGCUCGAAGACGUGCUGGAAGAGCUCAUCGGCGAAGAAAUCCUUGACGAGUACGAUUCCGAGGUCGAGCAGAACUUUGCUCAGAUCAGUCCUCCGCCCAGUCCCGGCCAUAAGGAGAUGGUCGAGAAAAAAGCCGAGACGCCCAAAGACGCCGACGAGGUGCAGCUGCCUGGCUCGAUCCUCAAGCUGCCCACCAGCCCAAAGAUCGGGUUGCCUCGUUUCAAGCUGGGUCGCAGCGCCAGCCAAAAAGAGACCGACCUCAGUGGCGUCGCUGCCACCAACAGCUUUUCGAUGCCGCCUGAGCCCGUCGUGGAGAGCAGCGCCGAGCCUACUUCGGCCAAGGAAGCCAAGCCCAAGCCUGACAAUGUCGGCGUCCACUUCCCCUUCGAAGGCGCCGACUCACGUGGCCGCGAUGGCAGCGUUUCUUCGCGCCCUGGCUCGCGACCGGUCUCGCCCGGGCCCGGUGCGUUGCUGACUAGCACAGACGAGCAGCAGUCUUCGCUCUUCGCCCCACGCGUUAACAAACCCGUCGUGAUCCGUCACCAGGCUCCCGACGGCACCAUCGCCACUGCCAUUGUCGGCGAAUCGAUGCUGCGCGGCCGUACCGCUGCGCUAGCUGCCGAUCGCGCUGCGAGCGGUGACGUCAGCCGAAGCAACACGCCCUCGGGAACACGCGUGAGCCGAUUCAAGAGCACGCCGCUGGCCGCCAGCGUUCCCAGCACUCCCAUCACCAGCGUCGCUCCCAGGGGCCGUGCCUUUGGUCGAUCUGAUGUUGAUGGUCAAGAGGACGAGGCAGCUCCGGUGGCACACGUUGCCAGCCCCGAGGAACUCGGCUCGGAUGAGAAGAACAAGCAGCUUGGCGGCGGCGACACGGAUGAAACCGACACGCUCUGA